AGGGCGCCGUCUUCCUUCUUCUGGCCUGGCCGAUAAGCCGCCCUCGGGCUGAACCUGGGUCUCUUCUUCCUCGUGGCCGGCAGGUGGACCAGGCGGCUAGGGGUUGGAGGUGGUGAUGGCGCAGUUUGACACGGAAUACCAGCGCCUAGAGGCCUCCUACAGCGACUCACCCCCGGGGGAGGAGGAUCUGUUGGUGCACGUGCCGGAGGGGAGCAAGUCACCUUGGCACCAUAUUGAAAACCUUGACCUCUUCUUCUCUCGAGUUUAUAACCUCCACCAGAAGAAUGGCUUCACUUGCAUGCUCAUCGGAGAGAUCUUUGAGCUCAUGCAGUUCCUCUUUGUGGUCGCCUUCACCACCUUCCUGGUUAGCUGUGUGGACUACGACAUCCUCUUUGCCAACAAGAUGGUGAACCACAGCCUUCACCCCACCGAGCCCGUCAAGGUCACCCUGCCCGAUGCUUUUCUGCCAGCCCAAGUCUGCAGUGCCAGGAUUCAGGAAAAUGGCUCCCUUAUCACCAUCCUGGUCAUCGCCGCCGUCUUCUGGAUCCACCGGCUUAUCAAGUUCAUCUAUAACAUUUGCUGCUACUGGGAGAUCCACUCGUUCUACCUGCAUGCCCUGCGCAUCCCCAUGUCCGCCCUGCCCUACUGCACGUGGCAGGAAGUGCAGGCGCGGAUCGUGCAGACGCAGAAGGAGCACCAGAUCUGCAUCCACAAGCGCGAGCUGACCGAGCUGGACAUCUACCACCGCAUCCUGCGCUUCCAGAACUACAUGGUGGCGCUGGUCAACAAGUCGCUCCUGCCGCUGCGUUUCCGCCUGCCGGGCCUGGGCGAGGUGGUGUUCUUCACACGGGGCCUCAAGUACAACUUCGAGCUCAUCCUCUUCUGGGGCCCCGGCUCGCUCUUCCUCAACGAGUGGAGCCUCAAGGCCGAGUACAAGCGCGGCGGGCAGCGGCUGGAGCUGGCCCAGCGCCUGAGCAGCCGCAUCCUGUGGAUCGGCAUCGCCAACUUCCUGCUGUGCCCGCUCAUCCUCAUCUGGCAGAUCCUCUACGCCUUCUUCAGCUACGCCGAGGUGCUGAAGCGCGAGCCCGGGGCGCUGGGGGCGCGCUGCUGGUCGCUGUACGGCCGCUGCUACCUGCGCCACUUCAACGAGCUGGAGCACGAGCUGCAGUCCCGCCUGAGCCGCGGCUACAAGCCCGCCUCCAAGUACAUGAACUGCUUCCUGUCGCCGCUGCUCACGCUGCUGGCCAAGAACGGCGCCUUCUUCGCCGGCUCCAUCCUGGCCGUGCUCAUCGCCCUCACCAUCUACGACGAGGACGUGCUGGCCGUGGAGCACGUGCUCACCACCGUCACCCUGCUGGGGGUCACCGUGACGGUGUGCAGGUCCUUUAUCCCGGACCAGCACCUGGUGUUCUGCCCCGAGCAGCUGCUCCGUGUGAUCCUCGCCCACAUCCACUACAUGCCUGACCACUGGCAGGGUAAUGCCCACCGCUCACAGACCCGGGACGAGUUUGCCCAGCUCUUCCAGUACAAGGCAGUCUUCAUCCUGGAGGAGCUGCUCAGCCCCAUCGUCACGCCCCUCAUCCUCAUCUUCUGCCUGCGCCCGCGGGCCCUGGAGAUCAUCGACUUCUUCCGCAAUUUCACCGUGGAGGUCGUUGGCGUCGGGGAUACCUGCUCCUUCGCGCAGAUGGACGUCCGCCAGCAUGGACACCCCCAGUGGCUCUCCGGGGGCCAGACGGAGGCUUCGGUGUACCAGCAAGCCGAGGACGGGAAGACGGAGCUGUCACUCAUGCACUUCGCCAUCACCAACCCGGGCUGGCAGCCCCCACGCGAGAGCACGGCCUUCCUCGGCUUCCUCAAAGAGCAGGUCCAGCGGGACGGAGGGGCUGCUGGCCUCGCCCAGGGGGGCCUACUCCCCGAAAAUGCCCUCUUUACGUCCAUCCAGUCCUUACAAUCUGAGUCAGAGCCACUGAGCCUCAUUGCAAACGUGGUGGCCAGCUCCUCCUGCCGGGGCCCCCCGCUACCCCGAGACCUGCAGAGCUCCCGCCACAGGGCCGACGUGGCCUCUGCCCUGCGCUCCUUCUCCCCACUGCAGUCCGGGCAGGUGCCCACUGGCCGGGCCCCCGGUGCCAUGACGAGCUCUGGGGUGGAUGCCAGGACGGCCAGCUCCGGGAGCAGUGUGUGGGAAGGCCAGCUGCAGAGCUUGGUGCUGUCAGAGUACGCGUCCACCGAGAUGAGCCUGCACGCCCUCUACAUGCAUCAGCUCCACAAGCAGCAGUCCCAGGCUGAACCUGAGCGCCAUGUGUGGCACCGUCGGGAGAGCGACGAGAGUGGCGAGAGCGCCCCGGAAGAAGGAGGAGAGGGUGGCCGGGCCCCCCAGCCCAUCCCCCGCUCGGCCAGCUACCCCUGCACUGCGCCCCGGCCCGGAGCCCCUGAGACCACCGCCCUGCAGGGGGGUUUCCAGAGGCGCUAUGGGGGCAUCACAGAUCCUGGCACAGUACCCCGAGCACCCUCUCACUUUUCCCGGCUGCCCCUCGGAGGGUGGGCGGAAGAUGGCCAGUCUGCAGCGCGGCACCCCGAGCCUGUGCCAGAGGAGGGCUCGGAGGAUGAGCUCCCCCCACAGGUGCACAAGGUAUAGACAAGGCUGAAGGGGGCCCCUGUCCCCCCCCGGAUGGAGAUCGCCGGUGCCCUGCCAUCCCGCCCACCCACCACGGAGGGCUCCUCAGAGUGUUGCCUGGAGUGUGGUGUGUUUUAUGUGUUCUGUGCCUGGCCAAGGGAGGUGCCAACCAUGGGCUUGUCGCAGCCCCAGGAGAGGACCUAGGGGCCUACGGGGUCAGGGCAACACGGGACCUGCGCUGAGGAACCAGGAUCCUCCCCACCCCUACCCCCGCCUGGCGGCUCAGAGUGUGGUGCUAGAACCUGGUCCCCAGCCCAGCCCCAAGUACUGCCACCUUCUUUGCGCCCACCCCUGCAAGUCUCCCGAGGACUGCCCACGCCAGAAGCUGCCAUGCAACGUAGGGGAGAACCUGUCUCACCUGUGGCGUGGGCACGUGAGGCCUGGCCCCUCGACUUGGGGGGUGCGCCCCGGCCGACCCUGGACAGAUGAGCAGCUCAGGCUGUGGCCCUUACCUCACCCCCAGUUCUCUCCCGGUGCUGCAGCCUGUCCACCUCCCCGCGUCCCCGGGCAUGGAUGCGUUCCCGCUUCCGUUCUGUUCGCCGCACACCCCCGCUGCCUCCCACUCCGUUCUGUUGAGAGUUAGCUUGGGCCCUGCUUUGGGGUGCUGCCCCCCCCUCGGCUCCCAGCUCCCCUCGAGCUCUUACGUUUUGACACUAAGAAUGAACGCCAACUAAGAAGUUGCAGACACAGAAUGGAGAGCCUUGGCUGCCCUCUUUCCCUGCCCGCAGGAGGGGCCUCUGGGAAACUAAGAGGCCUUCCUAGUCCCCCAGCCCCCCAGUGCUGCUGCUUGUGCCCCAUACCCCUGCGCCAGCCCAGGGGGCCCGCAGGCAGGGCUGACCUAUGCCCUCUGCGGGUCAACCUCCCAGCAAGAGGGGUGGGGGGGUGUGACUGGACGCCUUGGCCUGGCCUAGGGGCUGCCGCGUUGCAUGCCGGGCCCAGCUCCGGAGCCCUCCAUGCCCUCCCCACCCCUGCUCAGGGCCGGCCGCGAGGGUGCGUGUGAACUGCGCUGCUGCUGGACCUCACCGCGGAGAGGGGUGGGGAC